AUGGCUUCUUGUGGCUUUCCUGACAUAUUUUCCUGGAUUCAAACCCUCCCAUCGAUCGCUCAAUGGCCAACACCUUCCAUGUCCAUAUCCAUAUGUUCUUCAAGUUCAUCACAACCAUCUCUCAAACUCUGCGUUUCCAAAAAUCUCCAAAACCCUACUUUCUCUUUUGCUAUACUAGCAGACUUCAAUCUCCCCAUCUCCCUUUGGACCUCAAAGCAGUUCAAAUUCAACCCUAAAUCCACCAACUUAAUAACCCAAGAAGCACUUUCCAGCCUCUUAGUCAAUUUCAUUGAAGAUGUCCUUCGUUACGGCUCGAGCAAGAACAAUUUCUUGAUCAAAUUUCUCAAAUUCGACUCCAUUGCCAACUUUGGCGAUGUUUUUAACCUCGCAUUUGUCACGCUCGUCUUUCUUGUUUGCAUCUAUGAAGCCCCCGCGGGUCUCCGGUCGGGAUGGCUCAAUACUCUCAAGAAUUACUUGGCUAAUUGUUGGUCAAGACAAUCAUCAAAGACCCUAAUGAAGUUAUUAGGAUCCAAUUUGGAGGAGGAAUGGAUGAGGUCAAUCAAUCUUGCAAUCACCAAUUGGAUUCUUGAGCUUCAAGCCACCCAGGGAACCCUCAUGAAAACACCUUCACCACUCUUCUCUUAUGGUUUUUCAGCAUUUGGGUUGUGGAAAGUCCAAUUGUAUUGUCCUCUCAUAGCCAUGGACAUUGCCAAAUCCAGCAAUAUCUCUGUUGAUGAAAGGCUCCAAUUCUCUCUGAAUUUCCACCAGCUUGAGGGUGUGCUUCAAUUCAAUUACAAUGUCAUGGUUCAAGAGAGGUGGAUUGAUGUGAUGCUAAACAUUGAUAACAUAAGGUGUGAUGUGAUCAGUCUUGUGAAUGAGAGACUAAUGAACGAGCAAGGCGCCGGGGUAUCUGAAAAGCACUUCCCUUCAAGAAUUUCAUUACAAGUUACUCCAACUACACAAACAAAUGUGCUAAGCGUUUCAGUUGGCAAGUCUUCUGAAAACCCUGCAAUAGAGAUUGGCAAGGAAAAAGGCAUAGAAGGCUCGUUUGAACCCCCAAACCCUUACUUGGCGCUCAAGGUAUCAGCUAGCGAGACCAUAACAAUGAGCUUAAAACCCUGGAAGUUUGAGGAAUCAGUGUACGGAUAUAGCGCAAAUUUGAACUGGUUUCUUCAUGACAGUGUGGAUGGAAGAGAGGUCUUCUCUUCCAAGCCAUCAAAGUUUCAAUUGAUCAACCCCAAAGCUUGGUUCAAAGAUAGAUACUCUAGUGCAUAUAGGCCUUUCACAAGGCAAGGAGGGGUUGUUUUUGCUGGUGAUGAGUAUGGAGAGGGUGUGAUUUGGAAGGUGGACAAAGCUGCAAUGGGAAGAACAAUGGAUUGGGAAGUUAGAGGGUGGAUUUGGUUAACAUAUUGGCCUAACAAACAUAAAACUUUUUAUACUGAAACCAGAAGGUUGGAAUUUAGAGAAAUCCUCACCCUUACAAUUGCUUAAUUUCUCUUUGGAGCCAACAAUUACUUUUGCUUAAUCUAGGAUACUCAUUUUCAAGUGUAAUUUGAUUUGCAUUUUUAUGGCAAUAACGUACUUCAAAUUGAUUUGAUCUUA